AUUGCAGCUAGCUAUUCAGGAAUCAUGGCUAGGGUUUUGGCUCAGUCAGUUAAUGUCCCUGGUCUAGUGGCCGGGCAUCGGCGUGGCCAACAUAAGGGAUCAGGAAAAUCCAGAAGAUCUGUCAAAAUGAUGUGUGCUUUACGAACAAAUGGACUAAGAAUGGCAGGUUUUUCAGGACUACGUACAGUUAAUCCUUUGGAUACUAUGUUGAGACCUGGACUGGAUUUUCACUCGAAGGUGUCAAUUGCAACUUCUUCACGGCGAGCAAAGCCUAUCAGAGGUGUUCCUAAAGCCAUGUUUGAGCGUUUCACAGAAAAAGCAAUCAAGGUGAUUAUGCUUGCCCAGGAGGAAGCAAGACGUCUUGGUCACAAUUUUGUUGGAACAGAGCAGAUUCUUUUGGGUCUUAUUGGUGAGGGCACUGGUAUUGCCGCUAAGGUUCUGAAGUCUAUGGGAAUCAACCUUAAAGAUGCACGUGUUGAAGUGGAGAAGAUAAUAGGAAGGGGUAGUGGGUUUGUAGCUGUUGAGAUUCCAUUUACUCCUCGUGCAAAACGUGUUUUGGAACUCUCAUUAGAGGAAGCUCGCCAACUUGGUCACAAUUAUAUUGGAUCUGAGCACUUGCUUCUGGGUCUUCUUCGUGAGGGUGAAGGUGUAGCAGCACGUGUUCUUGAAAACUUGGGUGCUGACCCAACUAAUAUUCGAACACAGGUUAUUCGCAUGGUUGGUGAGAGUGCUGACAGUGUUACUGCAACUGUUGGGUCAGGAAGUAGUGGCAAUAAGAUGCCAACAUUGGAGGAGUAUGGCACCAAUUUAACCAAGUUAGCAGAGGAGGGAAAAUUGGAUCCAGUUGUGGGAAGGCAGCCACAAAUAGAACGUGUCACUCAAAUUUUGGGUCGUCGCACCAAAAAUAACCCUUGUCUUAUUGGAGAACCCGGUGUUGGUAAGACAGCAAUUGCUGAAGGUCUUGCUCAGAGGAUUGCAAAUGGUGAUGUACCUGAAACCAUAGAGGGAAAAAAGGUUAUAACCCUUGAUAUGGGUUUGCUUGUUGCUGGAACUAAAUAUCGUGGUGAGUUUGAGGAGAGGUUGAAGAAACUGAUGGAGGAAAUUAAACAAAGUGAUGAGAUAAUACUUUUUAUCGAUGAAGUGCACACUCUAAUUGGAGCUGGAGCAGCUGAAGGGGCUAUUGAUGCUGCUAACAUACUAAAACCUGCUCUUGCAAGGGGUGAACUGCAGUGUAUUGGAGCCACAACACUUGAUGAAUACCGGAAACACAUUGAAAAAGAUCCAGCUUUGGAGAGACGAUUCCAGCCAGUUAAGGUGCCAGAGCCAACUGUAGAUGAAACCAUACAAAUACUGAAAGGACUUAGAGAACGCUAUGAAAUUCACCACAAGCUUCGCUAUACUGAUGAGGCUCUUGUAGCUGCUGCACAGCUGUCUUACCAAUAUAUCAGUGAUCGAUUUUUGCCAGACAAAGCUAUAGAUCUUAUUGAUGAAGCUGGUUCACGUGUCCGGCUGCAACAUGCACAGUUGCCUGAAGAAGCAAGAGAACUUGACAAGGAACUCAGGCAGAUUGUUAAGGAGAAAGAAGAAGCUGUUCGCAACCAAGACUUUGAGAAGGCUGGAGAGCUACGAGAUAGAGAAAUGGAUCUUAAGGCACAAAUAUCAACACUUGUAGAGAAAGGCAAGGAGAUGAGCAAGGCAGAGAGUGAAGCAGGAGACUCAGGUCCCAUUGUGACGGAAGUUGACAUACAACAUAUUGUCUCCUCUUGGACUGGUAUCCCUGUUGAGAAAGUCUCAACCGAUGAAUCCGAUCGCCUCCUUAAGAUGGAGGAGACAUUGCACAAGCGUGUCAUUGGUCAGGAUGAAGCGGUAAAAGCAAUUAGCCGAGCUAUUCGUCGAGCCCGGGUUGGAUUGAAAAACCCUAAUCGUCCAAUUGCCAGCUUCAUCUUUUCUGGUCCAACUGGUGUUGGGAAGUCUGAAUUGGCGAAAGCAUUGGCUGCAUAUUACUUUGGCUCUGAAGAAGCCAUGAUUCGGCUAGACAUGAGUGAAUUCAUGGAGAGGCACACCGUCUCUAAACUCAUAGGUUCACCUCCUGGAUAUGUUGGUUACACCGAAGGUGGUCAACUGACUGAGGCAGUUCGGCGUCGUCCUUACACUGUUGUGCUCUUUGAUGAGAUUGAGAAAGCCCAUCCUGAUGUAUUCAACAUGAUGCUUCAAAUCCUGGAAGAUGGUAGACUUACAGAUAGCAAGGGAAGAACCGUGGAUUUCAAGAACACGCUUCUCAUAAUGACGUCGAAUGUUGGAAGCAGUGUAAUUGAGAAAGGAGGCCGGAAAAUAGGAUUUGAUCUGGAUUACGAUGAGAAGGACAGCAGCUACAACCGAAUCAAGAGCUUGGUGACCGAGGAGCUAAAACAAUACUUCAGGCCAGAGUUCUUGAACAGGCUGGAUGAAAUGAUUGUCUUCAGGCAACUCACAAAACUCGAGGUGAAGGAGAUUGCUGACAUAAUGCUAAAGGAGGUGUUUGACAGACUAAAGACCAAAGAUAUCGAACUUCAAGUGACGGAAAGAUUUAGAGACAGAGUAGUUGAGGAAGGUUACAACCCUAGCUAUGGAGCUAGGCCUCUAAGGAGAGCCAUAAUGAGACUUUUGGAGGACAGCAUGGCUGAGAAGAUGCUUGCUAGAGAGAUCAAAGAAGGUGACUCUGUUAUAGUUGAUGUUGAUGCUGAUGGCAAUGUGAUUGUUCUCAAUGGUAGCAGUGGUACUCCAGAGUCCUUGCCAGAGGAGGCUCUUCCUGUAUAAUGAGGUUAUAACCUUUGAUAAUAGUAAUACCUGUACUAAUAAUAAUAUAUAUACACAUUUGAUCUAAACCAUAGUCAUAGUUUCUGUUUUACUUGUCAAUGGACGUUCAGCUUUUAAUGGAUCACAGAUUCCCAGCCAGGUUUCGCCCAUAGCCAAUCAAAACUAGUAGAGAAGAAAGGGGUGACCAUGGAAGAAGACAAAUGGUAUGUGUGAAAGGUGAGGUACGUUGAUGAAUUAAUUACUUCAAAAGCUGGGUGUUUUUUCAAGUUUCCAAUGGUUCAAUCUAUGUAAUCUCCCUGCAUUUGUUGUAAAUUGUUAAUUUGUUAUGGUGUAUUCAAAUGCUUGAAAGGAAGUACAUGUAAUGAUAGGUUCCAAGUAAUUAGUACAAUUGCUUUAGUCACAAGUGCCUC